AUGGCGAUUGGUCCGAUCCAGAAACAACCUGCUUCUUCCCCAGACCCUUGCUCCAUCGCAGCCCAAAAUCUGAUCGGACUACUUACUCCGUUGGUCCCGGAUGAGACAGGGUCUUCCUCGACUCCGCUACAAACAAGCAGCCCCAGGGAAGUACUGUAUGCUGUCCAGACUCUCGUCUCUACUCUCAGACCCGAGAGCCCGGUAUUUGCAACCUUCCAUGAUGGCCGCGUGCAUGAUCCGCUCGGCGGUGGCUCCUAUGCCUUCCAGAAAGACGUCGUUGAGCCUGUUCUGUUUGCUCUCAUGAACGAUGAGAUUCUCUCGAAUGGUGAAAAAGAGCCUUUGCUUAGCAUGAAAGUAACACCUCCCAAGAUUUAUUCACCAUGUGAUGCUCAGCUUCCAACUCGCCCCAUUGUUCUUCAUGCUGGAGCGCAGCCAAACAACUCUCCUCACGCCGGCACCAUCAUCGUUUUCUGCUAUGCCUUUUCGCUUGCUCGAGCGAUCCGCGAUCGAAUGCGAGCUACGGUAACUGGUACAGAACUUCAGCCGCCGGCCGUCUCGGUCGAGAUCACUUUCAUUGACACCGCGCCAGUCCCAGGCCACGAAACCUCAAUCGAAGGAAUACAAUACCAGAAAUCUUACAGGGAUGUCCCCGAAGCCCUCAACACCCAUAUGGCAGAUUAUGGUCAGAUUAUUCAGCUUCUGUCUACCUGGUCUGACAUCCCGUUCGAGACCACCUUUCAGUCGGAAUUCUUCUCUCAGCCUGUCAUGCCGUCUCUCCUCCGCUACAUUAUCGCUCACUAUGAGACCCUAGGCCACCAGCUUUCCCCAAAGUAUGGCAAGAUUGCCCUACGUGCUGCUUGCCCUGUCCUUGGCUGUGGCUUGGCAGAGAAACAUGGCCGCCUCAAUCUGUACAGUGAGGAGACCAACACUAACAGCGAGACUGAAUCCCCCAAGAAUUCAGACUCUAUGAUUGCCUUUCAUUGCCCACGCCAUGGCCGGCACACCAUUUCUACGUCUGACCCUGGCGAAAUUGCCUGUCUAGAAGCAAACGCCCCAGCACGCAACCUCAUUCGUAGCAUGAGCUAG